UCGGUGCGGCCCGUUGUUAUGACGACACGGUCGUAAAUCCGCCAUCUUCCUGCGGCGCGUUGCGACAUGGAGGGCGCGAUGGCAGUGCGGGUGACGGCCGCUCAUACGGCAGAAGCCCGGGCCGAAGCCGGGCGUGAAGCAGGCGAGGGUGGGGUCGCGGCGGCUGCUUUGGCCCCUGGCGGUUUCCUCGGCCUCCCGGCGCCCUUCGGUGAGGAAGAUGAGGAUGAUGUGCACAGAUGUGGUCGCUGCCAGGCGGAGUUCACUGCCUUGGAGGAUUUUGUUCAGCACAAAAUUCAGAAGGCUUGCCAGCGAGUUCCCCAAGAAGCCCUGCCCACCACUCCUACUGCAUUACUGGGCCAAGAGGUGGUACCAGCGGCAGCAGGCGCAGAGGAGCCCAUCACUGUGGCCCACAUCGUGGUGGAGACAGCCUCCUUGGCAGCAGACCUCAGCCAUGCCUCUGACCUUGUUGAUAGUGGACACAUCAAAGAGGUCAUUGUGGCUGCUGAAGCGGAGCCAGGGGAGAGUGAGAUGGCAGAGGCUCCCCGCAGCCCUGACCAGGGGCUUGGGCUUGCUGAGGAGGGUGAGCAAGCACAGGUCAAGCUGCUGGUGAAUAAGGAAGGCCGCUAUGUGUGCAUGCUGUGUCACAAGACCUUCAAGACGGGCAGCAUCCUCAAGGCCCACAUGGUCACCCACAGCAGCCGCAAGGACCAUGAGUGCAAGCUCUGUGGGGCUUCCUUUCGGACCAAGGGCUCACUCAUUCGGCACCAUCGGCGGCACACAGAUGAGCGCCCAUAUAAGUGUGCCAAGUGUGGCAAGAGCUUCCGGGAGUCAGGUGCACUGACCCGGCACCUCAAGUCUCUCACUCCAUGCACGGAAAAACUACGCUUCAGCAUGAGCAAGGACGUGGUGGUGGGCAAAGAGGACUUGCCUGCAGGGUCAGGCACCUCUGCUGUGGGGACAGUCACAUCGUCAGUGACAGGAGAGCCCAUGGAGACAUCACCCGUGAUUCAUCUAGUGACAGAUGCCAAGGGCACUGUCAUUCACGAAGUCCAUGUCCAGAUGCAGGAGCUACCCUUGGGCAUGAAAGCCCUGGCUCCAGAGCCCCCAGUCCCUGAGGAGCUUCCCUGUUGCAGUGAGGGCAGCCGAGAGAACCUGCUGCACCAGGCCAUGCAGAACUCUGGCAUUGUCCUUGAGAGGGUUACUGGGGAGGAGGGUGCCCUGGAGUCAGCCCCACCCUGUGGGUCUAGUCCCCAGCCCCUGGGAGACGGACCCCCAGAACUGCCGUUGCUGGAGGUGGAACAGAUGGAGACACAGGUGGCCAGUGAGGCCUCAGUUGUGCCCAGGAUCCACCCAUGCCCUCAAUGCAGUGAGACAUUCCCAACAGCAGCCACCCUGGAGGCCCACAAGAGAGGCCAUGCAGGGCCAAGGCCGUUCCCCUGUACACAGUGCGGCAAGGCUUUCCCCAAAGCUUAUCUGCUCAAGAAGCACCAGGAGGUACACGUGCACGAGCGCCGCUUUCGCUGUGGAGACUGUGGGAAGCUUUAUAAGACAAUUGCCCAUGUGCGUGGUCACCGGCGCGUCCACUCAGAUGAGCGGCCCUUCCCUUGUCCUCAGUGUGGCAAGCGCUACAAGACCAAGAAUGCCCAGCAGGUGCACUUUCGGACACAUCUGGAGGAGAAGCCACACGUGUGCCAGUUCUGCAAUCGAGGUUUCCGGGAGAAGGGCUCACUGGUGCGACAUGUGCGGCACCACACAGGCGAGAAACCCUUCAAGUGCUACAAAUGCGGUCGAGGCUUUGCCGAGCAUGGCACACUCAACCGGCACCUGCGCACCAAAGGGGGCUGCCUGCUGGAGGUGGAGGAGUUGCUCGUGUCUGAAGAGAGCCCCUCAGCUGCUGCCACUGUGCUCGCAGAGGACCCCCAUACUGUGCUGGUGGAGUUCUCGUCCGUGGUAGCCGACACCCAGGAGUACAUCAUUGAGGCCACUGCAGACGAUGCAGAGACCAGUGAAGCCACAGAGAUCAUUGAAGGCACCCAGACAGAGGUGGACAGUCACAUCAUGAAGGUGGUACAGCAGAUUGUGCAUCAGGCCAGCGCUGGGCACCAGAUCAUUGUGCAAAACGUCACCAUGGACCAGGAGGCCGCACUGGGCCCAGAGGCAGCUGCUGCUGAUACCAUCACCAUCGCCACCCCUGAGAGCCUGACAGAGCAGGUGGCUAUGACGCUGGCCUCAGCCAUCAGUGAAGGCACAGUGCUGGCAACUCGAACAGGUGCAAAUGGCACUGAACAGGCCACUGUGACAAUGGUAUCAUCAGAGGACAUUGAGAUCCUUGAGCAUGGAGGCGAGCUGGUCAUUGCCUCACCGGAGGGCCAGCUCGAGGUACAGACAGUCAUCGUGUAGUAUAGGGGCCUGCAGGGUCCCAGC